AUGAAUUCCCCAACCUCCCUUCAAACAUUUCCUAUUCCUUCACUCGAGCAGCCCUUUGGCAUCAGUCUGUGGCCGCUGUUCAACGAUGCAUUCGAGGCGGUCGUUGGGUAUCCAGCCAGCAAUUUCCAGUUCGUCGAGGGAAAGACACCUCUGUCUGGGCUGAAGGAAACCUCAACAGUUCUCGUCUUAUAUUACACAGUGGUCUUGGGAGGACGGAGGCUGAUGAGAGAAAGAGAGCCAUUGCGGCUGAAGACGCUUUUUCUCCUGCACAAUCUCGUCCUCAGCACCAUCAGUGCCAUUCUGUUGGGACUUUUCCUGGAACAGCUCGUACCGACGAUUGCGAAAAAUGGGUUGCGCUUUGCGAUCUGCAAUCGCGAGGGCGGCUGGACUCAGCCCAUGGCUCUACUAUAUUAUAUGAAUUACCUGAUCAAGUAUGUCGAGCUCUUGGACACAGCCUUCUUGUUCCUAAGGAAGAAACCUCUUACAUUCCUUCAUUGCUACCACCACGGCGCAACCGUCUUCCUGUGCUACACUCAAUUGAUUGGGACUACCGCUAUAUCCUGGGUUGUAAUCACCCUGAACCUGGCUGUUCAUGUUGUCAUGUACUGGUACUACUUCCAAACCGCGCGAGGUAUCCGCAUUUGGUGGAAGGCAUGGGUGACUCGGGGGCAAAUCCUCCAGUUCGUGAUUGCACUGAGCUUCAUCUCCUACGGCUCCUUCUUCGUGUAUUUCCCUCAAUACGGCUUCUGUGUCGGAUCGCUGUUGGCCACGGUCACCGGAGACAUCGUGAUCAGCUCGUACUUGGUUUUGUUUGUGUUGUUCUAUCUGGCUACAUAUCGGAAAGGCGGCAAGACGCCUAGUGCCCGCAUAGCCGUGCGACAUAUCAACCAGGCACCAAAUCCGGUGCCCCAUCUGGUUGUGGCUGCUAUGUCCAGUGGGCACGACAGCCGAAUCGAGACGGGUUUUCCUGGUGCCGGCGCCCGAGCACGGAAAGUCUAG